AUGUCUUACGAUCGUGAUAACUCCUACGGUAACCGUCAGCAGGAAUACGGCGGCGGCCGUCAACAGGAAUAUGGAGGCGGCGAGCAGCAAGAAUAUGGUGGUGGUCGUCAACAGGAAUAUGGAGGUGACCGUCAACAGGAAUACGGAGGUGGCCGUCAGCAGGAAUACGGAGGUGGCGAGCAGCAAUCUUACGGCCAACAGGGACGUGGCGAGUACAACGACACUCGCUACCAGGGAAGCCAAGACCAGCACGAAGACUUCAGCUCCGCAGCCAGCCACGCACAAGAACACCACUCCGGCGCAGAUCGCGGCCUCUUCGACAACGCCCUUUCCUUCCUGCAGCAGAACAAGAGCAACAUUUCCAACGGCGACAUCGAUCAGGAGCAGGCUGUGAAUGCUCACCAGGCUGUUUAUGGCAACCAGGGCUCUGGACAGCAGGAGUCGCACAGCUCUGAUACCCUCGGCGCUGGUGCUGCCAUGCAGGCUCUAAAGCUGUUCACUUCUGGCUCCGGUUCGUCGAGUGAUGGUGGCUUUGACAAGAACAAGUUGAUUGGCCUUGCCAUGUCGCAAGCCUCAAGCUUGUGGGACCAGAAGAGUGGUGAGGGUGCCAACUUGUCUGGCGAUAAACAGUCCGCCGUGAAUAGCGCCGCUCAAAUGGCCCUUAAGAUGUAUCUUUCUUCCGGAAACAGCGGCGGCCUGACCGGUACUGGUGGCUUGAUGUCUCUCGCCUCCAAGUUCCUAUGA